AAAAAGUAGAGUGGAGAAAUGUUUUGGGAAAAGUGGACAAAAGUAGAGCCAUUUACAGAACAGACGGACCACACCGUUUGAAUGUCCAAAAUACAACAACUUAUAGCAUAGUAUGUAAACAAAUAAAAAAAAGUAAUAUAGUAGGUUGAAAUUAAUUGUACCGUAUCCAGAAAAAAAGUUGUGAGAAAAGUAAUUUGUCUAAAAAUCACUGCGCCGCUUUUUCCAUCUCUCCACCCAUCUGCGUGUCAGACUGCGGUGCAACCGAGCGCUACUUGAACCCGCUAUUUCUAUUAUUGUUGUCAUUGGUAAACACAUCGCAUCUGCCUCCCCAGCUCGGCUUUCCAUUGGUCCAGCGGAGUGUCCGUCACGGCGCUUCCGUCCGUUUGGCCGCUUCUGAUUGGCUGGCGCGCCUCUCUUCUUCCUCUUCUUCGCGCCGGUGGGUCGGAGCCGCUGUGUCCCGGGUCUGGCACGUUCCUAGCCAAAUUCUCCACGGUGUAACAUUUGAUCCCCCCCGUUUUUUUCAACAAAACUCCCCAAAAAUAUACCCCCACUUUCAAUUCCCUUUAACCCGGCUCAACACACACACCUCCACCAGAACACGGCUGAAGAUGGCGGUGGUAAGCGGGAUAUCGGGGUCGGCUGUAGCCCGGCUGGAGGGCCGAGAAUUCGAGUAUCUGAUGAAGAAAAGGUCGGUGACCGUCGGCCGGAACUCCUCGCAGGGCUCGGUGGACGUCAGCAUGGGACACUCCAGCUUCAUCUCCCGGCGGCACCUCGAGAUAUUCACGGCGGGGGAGGACGGCACCGGCACGGGGGAGUUCUACCUCCGGUGCCUCGGAAAAAACGGGGUGUUUGUUGACGGGGUGUUCCAGAGAAGAGGGGCGCCACCGCUCCAGCUCCCACGCAUGUGCUGUUUCCGGUUCCCCAGCACAAGUAUAAAGAUCACGUUCACCGCCCUGUCCAAUGACAAGAAGGAGCCAAGGAACGUGCCGGAAUCACCGGUCAAGCCCGUGCAACCCCACAUUUCCCCGCUGACCAUCAACAUUCCUGACAACAUUGCCCACCUCAUGAGCCCGCUGCCGUCACCCACCGGCACCAUCAGUGCGGCAAACUCCUGCCCGUCAAGUCCGCGGGGGGCGGGACUCUCCAGCUACAGGACGGGCCGCGUCCUGGCCUCUGACCUCAUAGGAGACAACUCCCAAUCAGAAAACGACAAAGAGGCCUCGGGCGAAGACAGCCCAAAGGAUGACUCCAAACCUCCGUACUCGUACGCACAACUAAUAGUCCAAGCCAUCACCAUGGCCCCUGACAAGCAGCUCACGCUGAAUGGAAUAUACACCCACAUCACCAAGAACUACCCCUACUACAGAACGGCUGAUAAAGGCUGGCAGAACUCCAUCCGCCACAAUCUGUCCCUGAACCGGUACUUCAUCAAAGUGGCCCGCUCCCAGGAGGAGCCGGGCAAGGGCUCCUUCUGGAGGAUCGACCCCUCCUCCGAGGGCAAGCUGAUGGAUCAGGCCUUCAGGAAGCGCCGGCCUCGGGGGGUCCCCUGCUUCAGGACCCCCGUGGGCCCUCUCUCCUCCAGGAGCGCUCCGGUUUCUCCCAGCCACACCCCGGGAGGCCUGUCUGCCACCUCGAGCGGGGUCCAGACUCCAGACAGCCUGUCUCGAGAGGGGUCCCCUGUCCCCAUGGAGUCAGAGCCAACCCCACCGCCAGCCCCCACCCAGACCGCUACAGUCCAGCCCAAGCCCGCCGUCAUCCAGGAGGCCCGCUUUGCACAGAGCUCCACUGGCUCCCUUCUCAGCAACCAGCCGGUCUUGAUCGCCGUGCAGCGCCAGAUGCCUCAAACGACCAUGAAGCCCGUGACCUACACCAUGGCGUCGUCGGCCAUCGUGACCACGUCGCUGGUUAACUCCGCCCCCGUCAUGCAGACGGUGCACGUUGUCCGCCAGAUGCCGUCCGUCGCCGUGGCAACCGUGGGAGGGCAGCCCCUUGCCAUGGUGAGCCCCGAACCUCAGGAGAACGGCGGCGGAGAGCGCCGGGCGAUCAAAGUCAAAGUGGAGUCGAUGCCGUCCAUCACGGCCUCGUCGAUAGGCGGGGUCAGCCGCAUUAUCCAGAGCUCUCAGGCUCCGCCUCUAACAACGCUGACCAUCUUGCAGCAAGCCCCGCUCGGUCAGCACCAGCUCCCGAUAAGGGCCAUCACGCAGAACGGGACCCAUCUGAUCCCCAUCACCACUGCUGCUACCACAGCCGUUGCAAACCCUCUCCACCUGCUGGCGGCCCACGCCUCGGCCUCGGCGUCCCUCCCCACCAAGAGGCAGAACGGAGAACUGCAAGACCAACCCCAAUCGAAGAGGGUGAAACCAGAGGAGGAAGAGGAGGGUGGAGCAGUGGCCGCCAACAACAACAACCAUAAUAACAACAACAUUACCUACAAAAACGGCACCACGGACAGAGCCGGAGAAGCGGGCGUCAGUGAACAGAUCGGUGACAAGUAGCCCCCCCCCACACACAAACACACAUACGCACAAACACGCCGGUCUGCAUCCUGACCCCUUGCUCUCCUGUACACACUGAGCCUCACACACUCUCAGCCCUCCAUCGUCUACUCCAAGGUGCCAAAAAAACACACACACAAACACCCCCCCCCCCCCUCGGCCCACCCACAAUCCUCUCUUCCAUAUAUUUAAAAACCACGAAAUACAGUACGAUGCAAAAAAAACUAAAGACCAAAUUUGACGAAUCAAAGAGUUGCUGGUGAAGUGUAAGACCCAGAUGGCCAGAAGAAGCACAGGGAGAAAUGUUCACACAUCUUCAGAUUUCCAGAUAUGGAAAAAGAAGAAAAAAGAAAAAUACUUUUAUUGGACAAUGCGAAGAGUCACGAAACUUCCCCCAAAGAUGGAAAAGGAGCCUCAUCCUGGUAGCAUUGCAAACUUUACUGUGUGUCGGAUAGAGAAAAGCAACCGAGCGUUAUUCCGCCGAAAGGGAAGCGUGUGCGUGUGCGUGCGCGUGCGUGUGCGUGUGCGUGUGUGUGGGUGGGGGUGUGUGUGGGGGGGUGGAGACAUUCCCGUCUCCGGCAGCUAGCCUCCAUAUCGACCUCCCUAAACAGUCGUGAGUAGAGAUGCAGUAUUCCGUUGUGUAUCUUUGGAUCCUUUUUUUGGGACUGUUUCUCUGUUUCCCAUGGCACAGAUACUAUAUCUAGUAAUAAUUUAACUUUUGAGAACAUUCAAACAUCACAACAUUUUGGGAAUCCUUUUUUUGUUUUUUUUAUAUAUACAAAUAUAUAUAUGUGGACUCUGUUCAGUGACAUGAAUGUAGUAAAGAAAACACUAUCUGUGGGGUGGAUGUUCCUUUUUUCUUUUUUCUGCCGAUUCAUGCAAAUGAAAUUGCUUUAUCACUGUACAUCUACAGAUUUCUUUUAUUUUUCAGAUUUUACAAAUAUCCUAUGAGAAAGUAUAUUCCCAUGCGUAUUCGAUCAUAUGCUUCAUCGAGCUUGCAUGUUAUGGAUCUAGAGACGAUGUACUUGAGCAGAUUAUCUGAAUAUGAAACUGAAGAAAAUUUCGACUGAAUCUACACUAUAUGAUUCUGACCAGUGCUGCACUUAACCCUCUUUAGUAGUUUUUUAUUUCAUGUUUUACUCUCUUUUUGCUGUCCUCCCCCACCCCCGUCAUCACAGGCUGUGUUUGUUACCUCUUGUGUUAAAGUUGGCAACUCGUUGCUUGAUUAUUUUAUUCUGUUACGGCCACCAGCCUGUUCAGAAUGUAUUAUCUGUUCCACGAGCCGUGUGAGAGGUGUUUAUUCUGCUUCACUGGGGCAAUGCUGCUUCUUUUUGUUCUUUUUUUAAAAUUAUAUAUAAAUUUAUUUAAAAACACUUA